AUGUACAAUGCCGCCUGCAGCGUGGGUUACGCAAAUUCACUGGCAGUUCUCUACUAUGAGAUUGUAACUUAUUUUCAAGUCUCCAAAGAUAUAGCGACAUUAGGGCCUGGACUAUGUACGGCCAUAUCCGAAGGAGCUGGUAUGGUGUGCACAGCCAUGGUUAACAAAAUAGGGACACGCUACACGAUGCUCAUUGGCGGCAUUCUCGAGAUGCUAGGUUUGCUGAUUAGUUCUUUUGUCACGAAUCCUUUGCAUUUGAUUGGAUCGCUUGGUGUGCUCACAGCCACUCACUCUUUCUUUCUUUCUUUCUCUCGUUCGCUCGCUUGCUCUCUUUCACUCUCUCUCUCUCUGUCAGUUUCUCUAGCUCGCUCUCUGUCACUCUCUCUCUCUCGCUCUCUCUCUCGCUCGCUUUCUGUCAGUCUCUCUCUGUCAGUCUCUCUCUCUCUCUGUCACUCUCUCGCUCUCUGUCACUCUCUCGCUCGCUCACUCUCUGUCACUCUCUCUGUCACCCUCUCUCUCUCUGUCAGUCUCUCUCGCUCUCUCUCUGUCACUCUAUCUCUCUGUCACUCUCUCGUUCUCUGUCAAUCUCUCUCUCUCUCUCUCGCUAUCUGUCACUUUUUCGCUCUCUCUCUCUCUCUCUGUCUCUCUCCCGCUCGCUCGCUCGCUCUCUGUCAUUCUCUCUCUGUGUCUCUCUCUCUCUCUCUCUCUCUCUCUCUCUCUGUGUCACUCUCUCGCUCGCUCGUUCUCUGUCACUCUCUAUGUCUCUCCACAGGUUUUGGUGCAUGUCUGUCUUACGUGUCUAUUUUCAUCGCCAUUGGUCAACACUUUGAGAAUGUUAGAAUCCCAAACGCCUUGGUCAGUGUAGGCUUCACUUGCGGUAUCUUCGGUUUUUCCCAGAUGAUGCAGACGCUUACAAGUAUAUACACCUGGCGUGGGUCAUUGCUGAUCAUCUCUGGCGUGCUCUUCAACAUCUGCCUGGCUUCAAUGAUUCUAACCAACGACCAUAAGACGGAAAAACCGAUUCUCGUCGAAAAGAACUUGCUGCCGAAUAAGCUGUUUGACAUCAGCAUUUUCACCAACUUUAUGUUCUUAUACUACGUCCUGGUAACGUGUUUUGUCUACAGCAGUCUGCUUAUCUUUGUCACUUUUAUGGUGGACUACGCUGCUGAGAAGAAUAUAAGCGAAGAAGACGGCGCCCAUAUGCUGCUCAUGUACGGCUUAGGUUCAAUACCCGGAGGCUUCGUAGCAAUGGGAAUUAUGUCGUGCAAUCGAUUCCGUGCUUGGGAUCUCCAGGCCAUUAGUGUCGUCAUAAGCGGCAUAGCCCUGGCUAUCUUUCCGUUCUUCUCUAGCGUCGAAUCACUUUUUGGUGCCUCUUCCCUACUGGGCAUUGCCAUUGGCAUAAUUACAGCCGUUUAUACUACAGUCGCUUUGGAAACUUUGGGCAGUGAGAAAUAUUCAUCAGGUCUUGGUUUCACCGGAACAGCCAUGGGAAUUCUCAUGUUUGUUGUAUCAUAUACUUCAGGUUCAAUAACUGAAAGUGUUGGAAGUUACGGUCCUGCAUUUAUGAUUUUUGGCUGGACAACCUGUGGCCUUGGGGUUGGAAUGAUCCUGCUUGGAGCUGGAGACGCUUUGAGGAAAUUUCUGAAGAGAUCACUGAAUUAA